GAGGCAGCAGGAGGGACGGAGCUCUUUGCUCUCCGUGGCGGACACGAUGCCGCAUGGCCGCUUUUUCUACUGUUUCUCUUUUUAAAAACUGCGCUGUGAACAAGGUUUCCUGCAGUAAAGCCUUUCAGCAUGGCUGAACGCUGAACAUUCUGAAUCCAUCAGUGGCUGCCACUUAAAGAAAAUGAAUAUUUGUCAUUUCUAUUAAGCUUCUCUGGACUAAAAAUGACAAACUGUGGCAGUGUGUCUCUUUCUGAAUAUGACAUCCUGCCAAGGAACCCUGGCAGAGGCCACGUGAUCGACGGAGCGUUGGCAAGAGAUGCGGCAUCUACAAAUGAACUGCAGGAAAAGCUUUUAUUCUCUGAGCAGCAGGAACAAGGCAGAGGGUUGAAGCUGUAAUAGAGGAACAGAUGUGGCAUGAAUGGCAUCAAUCUGGAAAACACUAAAAAACUCAAUGCACCCAACAGAUAACAAUGGUUCCUGCUGAGAACAUGAGUGUUUUCUCUGAUGGCUGUCCAAACUGCAGCUCCUCCUCCGCCAACCCAGAUGUGGAUGUAGCCAAGGCAGUGGUUCUGGGGAUGGUGCUGUUGGUGUUUGUAGUGUUCGGGGUUCUUGGCAACAUCCUGGUCAUCCUGUCAGUGUUGUUCCACCACCACUGGCGCUCUGUGACACAUUACUUCAUCGCCAACCUGGCAGCGGCGGACCUGCUGCUCAGCUCCGCCGUCCUGCCUUUCUCCGCGACCUCGGAGGCCCUCGGCAGAUGGGUGUUUGGCCGCUCCUUCUGCAGCGUCUGGGCCGCUCUGGACGUCCUCUGCUGCACCGCCUCCAUCCUCAGCCUGUGUGUGAUCUCCAUCGACCGGUACCUGGCUGUCAGCUACCCUCUGCGCUACCCUGCCAUAGCCACGGGGCGGCGAGGCCUGACGGCCGUGGCUGCUCUCUGGGGACUCUCCGCGGCGAUAUCCGUGGGCCCUCUGUUCGGCUGGAAGGAGCCCGACCCGGAAGACGAGACGGUGUGCCGGAUCACGGAGGAGCCCGGCUACGCUUUGUUCUCAGCAUUAGGAUCUUUUUACAUACCUCUGGCCAUCAUCCUGGCCAUGUACUGCCGUGUGUACACUGUGGCGAAGAGAGAGACAAAAACCCUGAGGAAGAGCAGUAAGGGAGAAGGGGUUGAGACGGAGGGAGUGAUGCUGAGGAUACACAGAGGGAACGCUGCUCAGAUGGACAAGCAGGAGGGUGAUGAGGGGACCGUGACGCAUAAACGCACCACCUUUUCGCUGCCGAAGUUUCUGAAGUUCUCGAGGGAAGAGAAAGCUGCCAAGACUCUUGGCAUUGUUGUUGGGUGCUUCAUUCUGUGCUGGCUCCCUUUUUUCCUCGUUCUACCCAUCGGAUCCAUCUUCCCAUCCUGUAAGCCUUCAGAAACCAUCUUUAAGAUAACCUUCUGGCUGGGUUACCUCAACAGCUGCAUUAACCCCAUUAUCUACCCGUGCUUUAGCCGGGAGUUCAAGAAAGCCUUCCACAACGUGCUCCGUGGUCGCUGCCUGAGAACUGGGGUACUGGCAGCCAAACCGCAAGGACACAUCAGCGCCCACUCCUCCAGCCCGGGCCCCCAAUCCAAUACUUCUGCUCUCCCGGCCCAAAGCCACGUCACUGUCUCCCCGUGGUGCUGCUGCAGGGCGCUGUCGACCUCCUCGUCAUCUGUCUGCGCAUCAGAUCAGGCUCAAAGUGCACAACUCCAGAGUAACAGUCUGCUGAAGGCGUGGUGUCUCACAGCGAGACGAACGCCGGUACCGCAGAACCCCUCCGGUCACAAAUCAACCAAGGUCUUACACGUCUCUCUCGGCGUUACAGGAGAAGCUGUUUGAUUAGCACGUUGAUGCAACGGUGGAAUAUUUUUAAAUCCAAUCCUGCACUACGAUUUCUGCCUCGUGGAAAUACUUAUAUACAACUGUUGCAUGUAUAUUUAAAUUCCUCAGAGGCAUCAGAGUGCAGAGCAUGCUGAUAGCGAGACUUGUCUCCGGAGCAGGCAGAAGAUAACUCUGUUGCCUUAAGGCUUUAUGCCAGUAUAAAUGCCUGGAGUGUCAAAUAAAAUGUGAUUUGGGAAAGUGAAUGAAUAAAACUGUGUCUACACAGCCAGUACUGAGCUGCUCAUGAACAGAACACUACCGCUGGUGUCAAAGCGCUCAAUCGGAGCUACUUAGUGAUAAACAAGGAGACUGAAGUAUGAAUACAAGUCCAGACUUUUGGAAAAACCCUCUUUGGCCAAAGAAAUGCAAACUUGAAGCCCUUUUUGCAAGACACAAUGGUUAGUAGGGAUCAUUCUGUGCACUGAAAAGGAAUUAAAGAGAUAAUAAAAUCUUAUUGAAAUGACAUUGUAAAAGAACUCCAGAGACAUUACUUCUUCAAACAUUAGCUGUGUUUCUGCAGAAAAGAAGGCGCUUAAGGGCGAGAUACUCGUAAAUCCGGGCAUAAUUAGCUUUCACUGACAACUCUGAGAAAGUGGACGCCGCUGUAGGAGUGCAUGUAUUAUAUGUGUGACCUUUAAGUUGAAAAACAAAAGGGACUAAAUAAUUACAGGCUUUUGAUUUUGAAAUCCCUGUCACAGAGAGAAAAAAGUUAGAAACUGUUGGAGGGAAGAGAAAUAUCAGUCGAUGUUUGGAAAACAAUACAAUACUGUGCAGAGACAAACAAAGGCUCUUCAUUCUGCGUCUCUGAAGGUUUCGAUGUUCGGUUUUUUGUUUUUGUCGAGGCUGUAUCAAAGAUGUCUUGAAUCAACUUUUAAUGUUUGGCAUCAUAGCUUGUGGGGGUGUUAAAUAAAUGAAAAGGUGUCAGAUGGUUUUCUCUCUGUUUUUGACUACUGGUUUCCUGCCAGUGUAGUUCUCCAGAGUUAUGUCUCCCCCAUGCAAACAUUGGAAAAUUACAUA